AAAAUGACAAUUGCCAAACAAUUUACUCGUUCUGAAGUUUCUCAAAAUAAUUCAAAUAAUAAUUGUUGGAUUAUUAUUGGAAAUAAAGUUUAUGAUGUAACUAAAUUUUUGGAUGAACAUCCUGGGGGGUGUGAAGUUUUGUUAGAAAAAGCUGGGGAAGAUAGAACUGAGGCUUUUGAAGAUAUUGGACAUUCAACUGAUGCACGGAAAAUGAAGGAGGAUUAUUGUAUUGGGGAAGUUGUUGAGGAGGAACAUUGGAAAUAUUCUUAUGAUAAAAGGGAUGUGACAAAUAAAAAGACUGAUGAAUUGGAACAGAGUAAACGUAGCCCAGUUGAAAUGCUUGUUUAUUGUGUUCUUUUUGCUAUUUGUGCAGCACUUCUCUAUUAUCUUUUGAUAGGAUCUUGA